AGUGCACUUGCGUUUCAUUCCUUCUCUUCAUUCCUUUACGGAAUCCAAUCCCAAAUGGAGCUCCUUUCAACCAUAUGUGCCUCUUUCUGCCCUCUUGGGGAAGGCUUGCUUUACGUGUGCCCUAUGAGCCGCGCUCCGUCGUCCGACGUCACCAAUUUUUGGACGACCAUGCUUGUUUCACAGAGAGAUUCAGGGACCAAUACCAUGGAGAAUGUUUUUUCCAAGAUGUGUUCACCAGUGGCAUUGAAGGGCCAGCCCGUGCAAGCUAAUCCGGAGGAAGUUGACGAAUUGCUGGGACAGGUUGAAAUAUGGCACUUUAUGACUAGCUUCACCGACUCUGUUGCCCUCAAAGUUGCUGUGGAGCUCCGCAUAGCUGACAUUAUCGACCACCAUGGCCAACCCAUCUCCCUGCAAAAGAUUGUCGACGACAUUGCCGACGCUCCCAACCCUGAAAUCUCCUUCCUCUAUCGCAUCAUGCGAGUUCUCGUCCGCCGAAAGAUCUUCUCCACCCACCAGUCUGAAUCCGGCGAGACCCUUUACGGAUUGACCCGUGCUUCCAAAUGGCUCCUCCGUGACACCAAGAUGACCCUGUCCCCCAUGAUUCUCCUCGAGAACCACCCCAUCCACCUGAAUCCCGCUCACCACAUUGGCGAAUGUAUCAGAGAAGGCACCGAAAACGGCACUGCUUUUUUCAAGUGCCAUGGCCACGAGCAAUUCGACCUCACUGGUUUGGAACCCGACUACAACAGGUUGUUCAACGAGGGCAUGGUCUGCACCGCUAGGAUUACGUCCAAGGCUGUUAUUUCGGGGUACAAGGAUGGAUUCAACAAGAUUCAAUCCUUGGUGGACGUAGGAGGUGGUAUCGGAGGAUCACUGUCUGAGAUUGUUCGAGCUUACCCCCACAUCAAAGGUAUCAACUUUGAUCUGCCCCACGUGGUUGCCACUGCACCAAAGUACGACGGAAUCACUCACGUUGGAGGAAACAUGUUCGAGUCCAUUCCUAAAGCCGAUGCUAUUUACAUGAAGUGGAUCCUGCAUGACUGGAGCGACCAGCACUGCAUCCAGAUAUUGAAGAACUGUAGGAAGGCGAUCCCAGAGAAGACAGGAAAAGUGAUAAUAGUGGACCAUGUUCUGCAACCAGAAGGGAACAAUGGGCUGUUCGAUGAGGUAGGGUAUGCAUUCGACAUGAUGCUGCUAGCACACAACGCUGGUGGGAGGGAAAGGACUGAGCAGGACUGGAAGAGGCUGUUUGAAGAAACUGGCUUCCCUCGUUACAACAUCAUCAAGAUCAAGGCUCUCCAAUCCAUCAUUGAGGCCUUCCCAAUCUAAGCUCAUUAGCUCUCCCGCCAUCCAUCCAUGCACUUGCCCUUGUUUAACCUCCGCUAUAUUGAAUAAAACAUCCCUCUGGGCUAGGAACAUUUGUAAGCGUGUGCUAUGAUCCAGCGGUCUACGGUGUGUCUCGUGAGACACCGUGAACCCUAUGUGAAUUGUAAUGCUUCUAUUUCUACGUAAUGGUAAAAUAUCUUUUGGUGUGCAAAA